AUGGAUUGCCGCGGGCCGGCUUCCGCGCCCGAGUGUGAAAUACGGGACGGUAGGAAGCGGCAGCCUGCUAGUAGGCGGGGCCAGGGAAACCAAGGAGGGUUCAAAAGGAGGUGGAGGGAUACGCGGGUCACAGUCGGAACUACUUUCAGGAGGAGGUCACGUGUGUUCCUAGUUGGGGAACUUUCCAAAUUCCCACUCCCCUAUGAUGGCUCGGGGGGCAAGUGCUUCGCGUCCUUCGCCCGGGGUGCCGCUGUCGUGAGUCGGCAGCGGGACCCCGAGCCUCCGGUCGCGGCGGAAAAACAGGCUCUUACGAGCCUCCGACGGGAGCACUGUUGGUGCUGACGCCUGGGGAGCUGGUUACACAAGCACCCACAUUCAAGCACGUGCCCCCGCCUCCCCGCACCGCUGGUCGCGGUCGCGGCUUCUCGCGGACCAUGGAGGGAGAGCUCUCAAGCUGGUCCUACCCAUUCGCGUGCUACCUACCAAGCCAGCUAUAGCGCCAAGACUUGGAGCUCCGGCGCGGCCGACAGUGCUGAUUCCCAACCGUGGGAGAAGGGGCAGGGCCUCGGGGGUCUGGCAUCUCCCUCGCUAGUGCCCUGCCCCUUGGGGCGAACAUUUCUGGUGCUGUGUACCCGGGGCAAAAGGGUAUCUCCCACAGCAGCCCGCUACUUGAAUUCACCAGCGUUGCAACAAACUUCCAGUCGCUACCCCUGAGCUGGUGAGCGCGCCCCACCUACCGUAGACUCAGCCAAGUGACUUAUCUGUUCGGAGAACCUAGUCAAUGGCCAUCAGCCCAGAACAAACCUGUCAAGUCUGCUAACAGCCCGGAUUGGUUGACCUAUCCCCGUGAGAGAGCUGGUUCAGAAAUUCUAAGAACUGGAGCGCAUUUACCCUGACAUUGAUCAGCUGCAAAGCGAGUUGUCCACUUUCUGCUUUAAGAGAAUGAACACCAACCCACACCAAUAUAGGAAUUUCUUCCUUUUCUUACCCCUGGGAAGUAGAACUGGAAGAGACAAUUGGAGUCCAAAGUAUCUGAGUUGAGACCUGAGCUGAGGCACUGGCUCAUUUUCAUUCUUUUCUUUUCUUUCUUUUCUUUCUUUCUUUCUUUCUUUCUUUCUUUCUUUCUUUCUUUUUUUUCUUCUUUCAGAUGUGGGAGAAUGAGAUCAAUUUGCAUGUGUAUUGCAGUGAUUUUGAGUAGGUGCCUAGUAAGGUCUAAAAGGAUUUAUUCAGUGUCAGAUGUGUCGGAGAGAAAAGACUGUGUAUGAGCACAUAAUGGUUGCAGGCAGCCCCUUGAAGACUAGAAACCCCAAGAGGGCUUGCUUAGAAGCCACAGGCCAUUAUGUAAUUCCACGACUACUAAUUAAACCAGGGAUAUUUACAGUGUUCUUAGAGCUCUCCCAGGCUCCAUAACACUUUGCAUUUAUAUACAACACCAUUUUAAGAUAAGACCUGCAGGAGUUAGCAACCUGAUGAAUCUUCAGUGUUGAUAUUCACUGAAGGCUGGCUUUGUGCAGGGUCCUGGUCAGCCUGUGGGAGGUAGAGGCCACAAGUGGAAAAGGAAACGGGGAGGUAGGGAGCAGGGGACCAAUCUGGAAAAAGUAGGAGAAAGGCCUCCAUUUGGUUUCCAAAAAUGAAAAUCCUAUCCACACAGCCUAGGGUAAACCAGAGAUUUCUUUAUUUUACAAAUAACCAAUGAUAAGAAGUCCCUGACUUGUAGGUGUUCCACUGGACUGCAUGGUAAGAAAAGCAAAUACUACUUGUUGGGGAAAGGGGAGAUGAAGAGGAAGUUAAAUGAAGGGGGGGGGGGUAGAUUGGGAAGGGGUAAAAUGUCCCCCCCUUUGUUUCUCAGGUUGCUGAUCUUGUCUCCAGAGCCCCUAUUAGCACAGCCCUACUCUGCCCCCCCCCUCCGCCCCUGGAGCCUACCCCAUUCUGAAAUCCACUUCCUGGGAAGGAAAUGGGUUCAUGAGACAGGAUGCUUUUCUACUCCCAUGGCACACAGUUCUCGUGGCGCAGAGAGGUCACACACCACCAGCACUAAAGUGCUGGAAUGGGAGAUUGGCCCACAGCACUUCCAUUGGCAGAGGGAAGAAAAUGGGCCAUGAGUUUUGCUGCUUCUCUGAACAUGAGCUCCCUCUGCUUCUCUCUCGCAGUGUACGAAAGGCUCACCAACGUUGACAGACAUUUGGCCAAGCAGACAGUAAUAUCAGGUAGUUAUUAGGAAUUACCGAAUAAAAAACCUCCUCCCCUCCCCAGUGUUAAAUAGGUUCCUGCAGGAAAUGUCAGAUUUCCAUUUUUGUUUGCCUUCACCUCUUCCUUGUACCCAAGGGAUCUCCUUACCCAAGUGGUAGAGCUGAAACCUCUAAAUAGCUGACUGUAUCGAAUGUUCAGGGAGUUUAAAAUCUGUAUAUUGUUUUUCAACUUCAACUGCAGAUAUCUGCUUGGCUGUACAGAUGUUACAAUACGUAGGUUUCCAGGCACUCCAGUUCUUUACCUGUCUGGAUUUAGACUGCCCUAGGGAGAAACAGAAGCUCGUAACAAAGGGAGAAUUAUAUAAAGCUUCUGGGAGACGAACUAUGCAGAAUAAUUAGUAAACAUGAUAACCAGCUUUAAUUAUAGUUUCUAACAGCAGAUUCCAAAACUGUAUUGUUACUACACCCAAAGAACGUCCAAAGAAAAUAGCUUUCUUAUUUUCUUUGAUAAAUGAAAUGACCAGCAACUUGAUGUGAGUGAUAUAAAUAGUUGAUGUGCUCUUUGUAGGUUCUGCUGCUAAAAUGUCUUCUGUUGAACACUGAUCGCUGUAAUGCCUUUCUCAUCUCCCACACACUGACCUUUCAAAUAAAGAUCUAAAUCAAUGGCUUUA